AUGCCAAGAACACUGAAAGGUCUCGUUAGUCGGCAUAAAAGGCGUUUCCAACAAGAUGGAUUUGAUUUGGACUUAAGUUAUAUAUCAAGUAGAAUUAUCGCAAUGGGAUUUCCGGCCGCGAAAUUUGAAGGUGUUUAUCGCAACCAUAUUGACGACGUUGUUCGUUUCUUGCAAACAAGGCAUGCUAAUCAUUAUAAAAUCUACCAUUUAUGUGAUGAACGAGAUUUUAAUGUUUAUCGUUUUGAUGGUCCUGUAGCAAAAUAUCCAUUCUCUGACCAUAAUGCACCACAAUUUGAACAGAUUAUUGCCUUAUGUGAAGAUGUGAAUGAAUUUCUUAGUAAAGAUCCUAAAAAUGUUGUUGCGAUCAAUUGUAAAGCUGGAAAGGGAAGAACAGGUGUUAUGGUUUGUGCUUGUCUACUUCGGUUGAAUGAUGUUAUAGACGCUGAUGCGUCGUUGAAAUUCUACGCCGAACAAAGAACUAACAAUGGGAAAGGUGUUACCAUACCUAGUCAAAAACGAUAUGUUCAUUAUUAUGAUACAUUUCUUAAGAAUCACCAUGUAUAUCAUACAACUCCAUUAUUUUUAACAGCUGUUAGUAUUUGUGGAUUACAAUUUAUAUCAGGACUUGUAUUAGAUGUCCACUUUUAUAUGUUUAAUUCUUCUCAUAUAUUUGGAUCAGCUUGUGAACAGUCAUUUGUAAAAUCGUCUACUCAGCAUUCACCUUUACAAUUAAAUAAAAUUGAUGCUUCACCGGAAUUAGAAAGAAAUAAUAAUAGUACUAAUGCUAAUAAUAAUAAUAAUAGUGCAAUCCAUCAAAAUUAUGCCACUUUUCGAUCACCAACCACUGAACCAUAUAUCCCGUCAUCUUUUAUGUAUUCAGUUGCAUCGUUAUCCUCAGAACCGAUACACAGUGAUGAAGUAGUUAUUAAACCUGAGAGGAAAAUUCUUCUUUCAGGUGAUGUUCGUGUUAAACUCUACGCUAGACAUCCUAUGUUCAAUAAAAAAAUAUGUCAAUUAUGGUUUAACACAUAUUUUAUAAUUCGUGGGAAAGCAUCUGAGACUGAUUCUGAAUCGAAGGUAACCUUUGAAACUGAUCACUGUACAUGUACUUUCCCAUCAUCAUCAUCAUCGGCAGCAGCAGCAACAAAGGGAGGAAAAGGAAAAUUUGACAAAUCAUUAGCUGGUUAUUCAUUUUUAAAACUAACACCUGAUGAACUAGAUAAACCGUAUAAAGGAAAGUUAAAAUUCCUGACUUCAAAGUGUAAUAUCACGUUUUACUUCACAUGUCCAUAUUGUGUUGAAAAAGAAGAUAAUAGUCGACUGCCUCCAAAUUCUCAUAUAAAAUCUACAAAACUAGAUUUACCGAUCAAUAAUAGUAAUAAUAAUAAUUUAAUGAAUCAACAAAAAAUCAUUUCACCUACAACUAAACGAACACUUAAUAGUCGGCCUACCUCGCCUUCGUCUCAUGCUUACCUACUUUCACCGUCAUCAUCAUUUAUGAAGUUAAAAAAGAUAACUAAUUCACACGAAGACAAUCAUUUGAAUUCAACGCCUAAAAUACAUAUUGAAAAUGUCAGUAAUAACAGUAGUAACAAAAGUAUAAUAUCUGAACAAAAUGAAUACAUGGGUUCGUGUAGGUCGAGACAUCAUCUACCUCCUCCUCAUCAUCACCAUCAUCAACAUCAUCGAGAUAUUAGUUCUGAAGACGAAGAGGAUGACAGUGAAGCGGAAGUGGACGAUGACGAAGAAGAAGGACAAGACAGUGAUGUUGAUGCCUACAUUAAAAACGAAAUCUCCCCGCCUAUGACGUUUUCUUUACCUCGAAGUAUAAACAGUUCACCGUGUUUAUGUUUUCCUAUUGGAAAUCUUUCUUUAGAACAUGAAAAAACACGAGAGUUGCAUAUUCCGUCUGGAUUGAAUCAAUCUACGCCUUCUCCCAUUACUAUUCCAGCUAAUAACACCACUAUUUUUAAUAAUAAUAAAGUAAUGAUGAACGCUAAUAUAGUUGAAGAGAAAAAUAAAUCAGGAGCAUCUGUUGUACAUUAUUUUGUUAAACAUCAUCCACAAGUGAGACGUCGAACGUCCGAUGCCAAUUUAAAUUACCAACCAUUUAGUUAGGAUAGAAUGCAGACACUCAUCAAAUUUUUGUACAGAAAGAAAAUAUCAGAAUUGUUCACUAAUCUGUGAUGUAUAUUAUUAUUUUUUCCUUCCUUACUUUUCUUUAUUAAUUUGCCUCAGACGUAACACAUCCAUUUUUUGUAUAUGUGCACUUAUGACCCAGUAUAAGUGGUUCAAUGUUCCAUAGCAUCAAAACUGGGAAUAUAUGUAUAGAUACGUUUUUAAUAUGAAUAGACAGACUUUAUUUUCCAGAAUAAUUUAAUAAUUAUCAUACACUUCAAUUGUGACUUGUAAAUAUGCUUUGAUUUUGGUUUCUGUUUUUUGUGUAUAUUUGUGAAUAAAAACAAAUUUUAUUUCGCAUAGUCUUUACUACUUAAAUCCAAUUAAGUAUAUUCAUAAAUAUCUUGGAAUUCUCAAAAGAAUGGACACGGAACAAAGAGUACUCUUUUCGAUGAAAUCAUGAUCAGGUUCUACAAUUAUAUAUACAUUAUAAUGAAUGAGU